AGAUUGUUAAAUCAAAGAGACAAACUCCAAUGGAGUACAAACAUUUCAGCCAUCCACAUACUCUCAAGCUCCAACAGAUUCAGACAAAUAAAAGCACAGAUUCUUCAGUUGUCUGCUCAGGCUGUGAAUUAACCAUCUCUGAUUUCGAAACUGCGUAUAUCUGUUCAACAUGUGAAUUCAAUCUUCAUGAGCAAUGUGGUAACGCAGUGCGUGGGAUGCAACACCCUUCCCACGCAGGGUUCCACCACUUGACUCUAGUCCCUUAUACAACUUACAGCGCCGGUACCUUCCUCUGCAGGGCAUGUGGCUGCACUGGAGGUAAAGGGUUCUCUUACUGUUGUCCUUUGUGCGACUUUGACCUCCAUGUUCAAUGUGCGCAUCUGCCUCAGGUCAUGGUUCAUGAGUCUCAUCCUAUCCAUAGUCUACUUCUCGUCUACAACAGCACUCCUGUUAUGUCUUUUACUCAGUUUGGUUUCGGGAAUCAGCUUGUCUGCAAUAUUUGUAACAUAGCUAUGGAUGGUAGGUUUUGGUCUUAUAACUGUUAUGCUUGUAGUUAUCAUAUUCAUGCUUCAUGUGCUGUGAAUAAGCCUAAGCUAGUGGCUGCUUCUGCUGAGAAGUGUGGGCCGAGUGAUGGAGGAAAGAUAGCAACCGCUGAAUCUGUUCCUGUUCAGGGUUUGGAGACUGUGCAGACGGAACAACGAGUAGCUGCGACAACAGAGCAAGUGGAAGAUCCAGCUUUGAGGCAACAGCUUGAACUUCAGAAGCUUCAGCUUGAGCUAGAUAUGAGUUCUGCUCUGGCAAACAUGAUGGGUUCCUUCAAUCUCAGUUCUUUUGUUUGAUGUAUCUUUGUGUCGCUGCUAUCUUCUUCUUUUCAGUUUGUUUGAUUUGAUGCAUUUACAUGUGCCAAUAUGACCUGGAAUUUUCUCUGUUCUUGUGUUCUCUAAAGUACUGAACUUGAAUAAGUAUCCUAUCUU